AUGGACAAACUAAACACAGUCAUAACUAAGCUGGACGAAGAAAUCCUCAAGUUAUGUGCAGAGGAGGCCUCAGCACCUCUGGAGACCAGAGAUCCAAAAGCACCAAAGCAACCCGAAGAUAACAACAAUCACCUGAGCUCCCAUGAUGCCCUUGAAUCUGACUCCGGGCAUAAACAGGACGUUGAGGAUAGAGAUGAUCAAAGCCAUACAAUGCCAUCACCAGACAGCGAACAAACAUCACACUCCAGCGUUGACUGCAACAAUGCGAAAGAGACAGGGAAAGAAUUAGUGGUCAAAAUUCAAGUAAGUGAAAAUGAGAACUGUAAUUCUCCAGAAAGUCAGACAAAUUUCCUGGAGACGGAAAAUGACACAAAUAGAGUUAAUGACAAGGGCAAAGAGAAGACAAACAUCGGAUGGAUCACUGUAGGGCUCACUGGUGAACAGGAGGACAGCCAUUCAGAUGUACCAGACACAUGCUUUAUCAGAGCACCCAUGGGUGUGGCUGAAGUCCUGAGAUGUGAGGUGGCCGACACCCUGAGCUGCCUGAUGGUGACCGCCUCGGAGGAGCUGGUCAGCAGAGUGAUCAGGGUCAAAGUUCAGGACGGAGCUGACGUCCACUUCCCUGUGAUUGUGAUUGUGCCUUUCUGCGCACGUUACCGCGGCAGCUAUAGGGAUGUCGCUGUGAAGAUAGUUGAUGGGGAGAGGAGGGCGAGCUACGUCACUCCUGUAACCACAGAGGGCAUGUACGGAGGGCAGAGGAGCUCAUUUGCAGAGGUGAGGGUGUACUCCCUGGGCCUGUUUGCAGUGGUUUCCUGUCUGAAAAGAGAAAAUUACACCGUUCCCACAAAGGGUUUGUCACUCAAACUCCCCAUGGACCCCCGAAUCUGUCUGAAUUACCUCCCAGGAUCCUUCACGGCUCCAGUAAUUGCACAAACCAUGAUCCAGCCGGUAGAUGCUGUCCUUUUGGCAGCUGUCAAGUCCAGGAGCGAUGCCUAUCACUCGGUGGUGUCUACAAGUCCACUACUCUACCUCACCCACCCAUCCUCUCAGCCCCUGAGAAGACCCCUCACUCUCACCCUUCCCUGUCCCCCGAACCCCAAAAAGAAGCGACACACAAGGGGACAACGGGAGGAGCAAGACCACCAAACUCGGCCUGUUAGUGCUUCUCCACCAUUGGAUCAACCCGCUUCCCACAGAAGGAGAGUCCUGGUCGCCUCUGUGAAGUCUAAGGAGAUGUCCAAUGACCUGCUGAUUGUUCUGGGUUCAAGAGACAAACAGUGGGGCGUCCUGGAUGAAGUCACAGUCAGGAACCAGCAGAACGGACUGGUGUCCUUUGAGCUGACAGAGAACUUUGACAGACUGCUGGUGGUUCGUCUCCUGUCUCCACUACAGCCUUGCCGGAUCACCUCCCUGGCAAAGGAGCUGGAGGAGUCGGUCUGCUGCCACGCGGCCACUGUCGUCCUCCAGCGUAGACAAGACGAGCCUCACGCCGUCCUGGUGGCUGCUCUGCCCAGCAGAGACCUCGGCUGGGAGCUGUCCAAACUGCGAGCCCAGGGCUUCAGCGGCCUCCCGGAGACCUCGGCAGAGAUCUCUAUGUGUGAAGGAGACCAGCUUCUCCUCCGUUUCAGUGGCAACAUCACCUCCACAGGAACUCAAAACGACCAACAUGAUGUCUCACAUGAGCGAAUCACCUUCCACAGCCAGCAGAAGAAUCACCUCUUGGUGUAUCUAACGGAAGUGGACCCAUUUGGAAACUACAGUUCCCCCCACUACAAAGGCACGGCCAUGUUUUACAAGGUAACCAGAAGUCAGCUGGGGUGGCGAGGUGACCGACCAGUCCCGAUGGACACAAAGCUCCUGGGAGAGCCCGUCUGUAAGCUGUCUCUGACUUUACCCAAGAAAGUGAGAACCAUUAAUCGGCCCAUCACAGCUAGGGUGAAGUUAUGGGAGGAGACAGUUUCAGGUCACCAGUGUCUCCGUCGUUCAUCUCUUGCCCACCCACCAGAUUCCCUGUCAGACUCUCUUCUUCUCUGGCUAUCUGGGGAGCUUUCAGAGGAGGAAGUAGCCCUUCUUGUGCUCUCCCUGCGUCUCCGUCGAAGCGCCGCUCAGCUGGUGAAGCUCCGGGCUGGGGACAGCCUGUCCACCCAGGCCUUCCAUGUCCUGGCCAUGUGGAGGAGGGGGCUGCCCGCUGCCACACACCAACCCAAGGCCUCUCAGCUGGCUCACUGCUUGGCCAAGAGCGGCAGGCCAGACCUGGCCAGGGAGCUGCUGCUGCGACAGGCUGCAACCACCAGACAGGGCUUACUGAAAUAGUAGAAAUCACAGUGCAUUUUAAUUGUUGCUUUUAGUCAGAGUAUGUGUGCCUGCCGAAUAAAUUGGUGGCAGUACUGUGUUUGAUCCACAAGGGGUCAGCAUUGAACUGCGAGAUUCCGUGCUCUC